GUCCACACAGGCUUCUCUUUGUUGCUGUUCAGAACUUCGGCAGACAGAUCACAGCCUCUCAGAAAUGCUGGGGAAAACAUCCCUGCUUUUGUGCUUGCUCCUGCUAGGCCUCGCCCUGGGGAUUGAGAGCGAAAGUGAGCGGAAGGUGAAAAAAGAACAAAAGGGAAAAGAGCCUCCCCGCAACAAAGCGCGCAGUGCCGGUGCCGGUGCCGGUGGUGGAGAUGGUGGUGUUGGUGGCGUUGGUGGAGGUGGCAGCAGUAACAGCAUGGCAUCCACGGCUCGCGUCAAAGCCAAGAGUGGGCCCGGGCAAAACAAAGGCCAAGCCAAGAGGCCAGGGAGCGACAAAGUGGCGCGGAGUCAAAAGAAAGCAGCGGGGCCGCGGAACGACGCCGGCUGCACUGCCAUCGGUGGCAUAUGCCAACGCAACACCUACGUGUGCCAAGGCAGAUACCUAAAGGAGAAGUGUGUUGGCACGCCAGGACGCCAGUGCUGCAUGCCAGCAGGGGGCUGGGAUGUCUUCUGUGCUGGGCACCACCACAACCGGGUGAGGGCCUGUGACGGGUUUGGCUGUGGAGCGUUCAACUCUGUCAGAAAUGGUGCUCGUUUCAAAGGAGUUGACAUUGUGUGUGAUGAUUACGGCAAGAUCAAUGCCCCUUUCACCGGUACACUGGGUGGUCCUGUUGGCCGCCGUGAAGCUGAUGGCAUCCAGUUUGAUGGUGUUAAGCUCUCCAAUUCCGUGCACUGUGUGAAGAUCUUCCACAUUCGCCCCCAUCGCUACACAGGGCCCAUCUCUCAGGGCGAGACGCUAGGCUACCUGCUGCCUCUGCAGGAGCGCUUGUCUGGCAUCACCUCACAUCUGGAGCUGCAGAUGUGUGACCAGUCCGACCCCACGGCCUUCAUCUGAAACAGCAGUGGACAGAAUAUUCAAACAGGCCUGUGCAGGCAGUGGUGUUAUGUAAAUGUGCCAGUUAGUCCUGGUUGUUUCAUGGUAUAUGCUAGAAUACUCCAGGCUUCCAACUUUAAACCGUACAGUCCAGUAAAUGUAUAUAUCUGAACAGCCUUCAUAAUUAGCUGAAGAUGGUGCAGACAUUGUUGUUCAGUUAAGGAAUAGCUGCAUUUCAAACAUAGCCCAGUGAGGGCGCUCUAAUGCAGAAUUAUUUAUAUGCUUUCUCACUAUCAAAGACCACAAGAUGGCAGUAGAUGUUUAUUUCAUUGUUUGGACUAGGACACUUAAGCUCCAUAUUCCAAUUUGCAUACUUCUGUACUUACAAUACCUACAGUAAUAUGAGUGCACAUGCACUUAUAUUAGGUAUUGUAAGUACAGAAGUAUGCGAAUUGGAAUAUAGUGAAGAUGUCUGUAAAUAUUCCUCUUAGACAUGUAAAAAGCAAUCACAAAGAACUUCUGCAGGUGGCAAACACCCUUAAUAAAAUGUCAAUUAACCUGA